AUGUCAUCGCUAUCAAACGAACCCAAGGCCUGGAAAAGCUGGUGGGACAGAUUAAAUAAACUCUCGGAUAAGUCCGACGUUGACAAGGACCGGCUGAAAGAAUUUAUAAAGAAGCCUCCCCAACAAUCUAAGGUCUCCAUAUUUGCCGCAGCGGAUAUGACCCCUACAGAUGUCAAUGAAUUUUUUGGUCUUAGCCAACUUAACGGGUGGGAAGCAUGGCAAUUUGCUCGUCCCCUUAUUACCCUUACACCAGAUUUUGAAGCAUGGCUGAAUACUUUUGAGGAACUGACUACCUCCUCAAAACCAACUGAGCCUCGAACGAGGUGCAAAAUAGAUGCUCUCAUUAUAACAGUCUAUAAAGACUUAAAAGCUCGUGGGUGGUUAGAGGACGGUCCAAAGGUUACACUACAAUUUGAGACUGCGCUAGAAUGGGGGCCGAUCACCUACCAGAACAAACUCCACAAGUGUGUCGGCAAAGCCGACUACAGUAUGUUUUUCGGCGACCGAAACCAUAUGGCCUGUCAUUUGGUCGUAUUUGAGGCCAAGCAGGACCACGGAGUCUCCUCAAGCAACCAUGGCCGAAUUCUAGCAUAUAUGGCGAUGGUACAGGCUAGCCGAAAGGCUAGGGGACAGACGGACAGUACUGUAUGGGGUGCCCUAACAGAUGGGCAAUGGUUCUACUUCUUCCGGUUGAACAACGAAGGCCAAUGGUCUUGUGUCACCUACCAAGUACGUCGCGAUGGCUGGGCAGCUAUCGCUAACAUCAUUGCUUCUAUGAUAUUACGGGGACAUGAGACUGCGGCGUCUCCUCUUCGUUCAAGUCUCUCCUCUACCUCCUCCAAGCCAAAAAUCCCCUCCCUCAACAUCGCCGCCGUCCUGGACGAGCCAAUAUUUGCUACUGGUCAGUGA